AUGGGCGACACAGUCCGAACCGACGUGCUGAUCGUCGGGGCCGGUCCCUCGGGUCUGAUGGCCGCGGCCUGGAUGGCCCAGAUGGGAGUGAAGACCACGAUCAUUGACCAGAAGUCGCACCAUACGCGAUGUGGUCGCGCAGACGGACUGGAGAGUCGAACACUGGAGAUCCUGGACAGUUUUGGGCUGGGAGAUAAAGUGUGGGCGCAGGCCAACCACACAGUGGAGAUUGCCUUAUGGGGCGGAACAGACGGCAAACUACAACGACACAGCGUCACGGCGAACUCCAAGCCAGGAUGGUCGCGCUUCCACGAGUCGACGCUCAGCCAGGGCCAGAUAGAAGAAUAUCUUAUGGAGUAUGUGCGAAUUCGCAAGCACAUUGACGUGAGGAGACAGACGAUCCCUACUUCGCUGGACAUUGACUACGACGUGAUCGACGACCACGAUGCGUACCCGAUCCGCGUGAACCUGGAGAACGCCCCGUCCGAGCCAAAAACCCCUUCUGAUGACGUGGACGUGGACACGCCGAAUAGUGAGCUUAGCGAAACUCAAUCAGAUGACUCUGGAUACGCGGGCAUGGGCACCAUGGUUGAAGCCAAGUACAUCCUGGGCUGUGACGGAGCGCAUAGCUGGCUCAGGAAGCAACUUGGACUGAGAUUGGAGGGCGAGACCUAUGGAGACACAUGGGGUGUGAUGGAUAUUAUCCCCUUGACGGACUUUCCCGACAUCAGAAAACGCUUCAUCAUAAAAUCGAAACACGGCACACUCAUGAUGAUCCCCCGCGAGAGAAAGCUGGUCCGCGUCUACGUCGAGCUUCCCCCCGAAGCUGCCGAGCGAUAUCGAGCCGAACACAACGCCGACGUCCUCAUGGAUCAGGUCGCGACUAUCAUGCAGCCAUACACCAUAAAGACCAGCCACAUCGACUGGUCCACGAUAUACACCGUCGGACAACGCAUCUGCCGCAAGAUCGGGCUCCAGAACCGCAUAUUCCUCGCCGGAGACGCCAUCCACACGCACUCGCCAAAAGCAGGCCAAGGGAUGAACGUCAGCAUGCAAGAUACGUUCAAUUUGGGCUGGAAACUCGCAUCCGUCAUCAAGGGGGUUCUCGAUCCGCGGGUCCUCGAAACCUAUCAGCAAGAACGGCUCCCCGUGGCCGAACGACUGAUCGCGCUCGACCAGCGCAUCUGCCGAGGAAUGUGCAGCCAGCGGAACGUGGAUCCAGACAUCCAACACGGUCAGUUCGACGACGACCACAAGCGCGCCCUCGAGGAGGAGAAUUCCUCCAUGUCCGGGCUUGCUGUGAUCUACCAGCCGAACUCUCUCGUCACGACAACUGUUUCCGACGCUCCGUGGCCCAAAGACGCAGCGCCCUGCAGCAGCAGACCGGGCGUGGCGACGAAUCUCCGCGUCGGGGCGCGCAUUCCCAGCGUGCUGAUCCUUAACCAAAGCGACUCGCAGGCAUGCCAUCUGCAGCAGAUCCUUCCGAGCACGGGGCAGUGGAAUCUGAUUGUUUUUGGGGGUGACAUUGCGGCUACAGAGCAAAAGCGGCGUGUCGAAGAGCUCGCGAAUGCGCUUGAGGACCCGGACUCGGCGGUUCAGAAGCUGAAUGAUCCGCUCGAUGUGGCGAGACGCGGAUUUCCCACUCUCGGCGUGUUCCUGGUCCAUUGCGCAGAUAGGCAUAGCAUUGAGCUGAACGACUUGCCGCUGGUCUUUCGGCCGUGGACGAAGGAUGGCGUGGACUAUGGCAGGGUCUGGGCAGACGGUGAGGCCUACCACCACGCUGGUGGGGGGAAGUUGUACUCGUCGUUUGGGAUUCAGAAAGAGGGGUGUAUGGCGUUAUUGCGACCGGAUCAGCACCUGGCGUUUCUGUCGGAUAUAGAGGAUGUGAAGGGGUUAGAACAGUUUCUGCAGUCGGUGAUGCCGGACGCCAAACAGGGGCCUAUAGUUUCUUGA